UAAUGGGUCAAACCUUUGUGCAGUUCAAAUUGGCAUCGUUGAGCAGCAGUGUACAACGUGUGCAAGCAGCAGACAUGGCUAACCCAGCCCCUCGUCCGGUUCUUCAAAUUGGUAUCGUAAAGCAGGUUCUUUCUGGUGAUUCUGUAAUCAUCCGAGAACAGCCACGGAAUGGACCUCCACCAGAGAAACAGAUCUGCUUGUCUAAUAUCACUGCCCCCAAGCUAGCGCGCAGAGCAUUGCCCAGCGCCGAGAACUCAGUACCCACCAAAGAUGAGCCGUACGCAUGGCAGGCCAGGGAAAUGUUGCGCAACAAACUUGUUGGGAAAACUGUGUGUUACACAAUAGAGUACACUGUACCUGGAUCAGGAAGGGCGUAUGGAUGUAUCUAUAUUGGAAGAGAUACAACUGGAGAGAACGUAACAGAGGCACUUGUCUUAGAAGGAUUGGUGGAGGUACGGAGAGGAGGAAUCAAACCAAGCGAUGAUCAGUCUAGGUUGUGCGACCUGGAAGAUGCGGCAAAGGCUGCUGGGAAGGGUAAGUGGGCGAAAGAACAGGCUGCUGAUGCUGUGCGUGAGAUCAGUUGGACCGUGGAAAACCCUCGUCAUUUAGUUGACUCACUGCAUCAGAAACCAGUCGAUGCUGUUGUGGAGCAUGUCCGUGAUGGAUGUACACUACGUGCCUUCUUACUACCCAGCUUCCAGUAUGUCACAGUCAUGCUCUCUGGAAUCAAGUGUCCUAUGUUUAAAAGAGAGGGUGAGACUGAGGUUCCAGAACCGUUUGCAGAUCAGGCUAAAUUCUUCACUGAAACCAGACUACUCCAAAGAGAAGUCAAGAUCAUUCUGGAAGGGGUAUCCAAUCAGAACUUCCUCGGAACCAUCUUGCACCCUCUUAACAACACAAACAUUGGGGAGUGUAUGCUUCGAGAUGGUUUUGCACGCUGUGUAGACUGGAGCAUGGGAGUAGUCACAUCAGGAGCGGACAAACUCAGGGCGGCAGAAAAGGUAGCCAAGGAGAAACGGUUACGCCUCUGGAAGGACUACACCCCAUCUACUACAACCGUUGACAUCGGAGAAAAGAAUUUUGGUGGCAAGGUGGUGGAAGUAGUCAAUGCUGACGCCUUGGUUGUCAAACUUGAUAAUGGUACCUUCAAGAAAAUCACCUUGUCUAGUAUACGACCCCCAAGACUCCCUGCUCCAACAGAAGAUGCUCCUAAGGACCGUCGGAUCAGACCUCUGUAUGACAUCCCAUACAUGUUUGAAGCGAGGGAAUACUUGAGAAAGAAGUUGAUUGGUAAGAGGAUCAAUGUGUCUGUGGACUACAUCAAAGCAGCUUCGGAUGGUUAUCCAGAGAAAACGUGUGCAACGGUCACCAUUGGACAAGUUAAUGUUGCUGAGGCUUUGGUGAGUAAGGGACUGUGUACGGUGCUGCGUUACAGACAAGACGAUGAUCAACGAUCGGCCCACUACGAUGAACUACUGGCAGCAGAGACACGAGCUAUCAAGAAUGUGAAAGGCUUACAUAGUAAGAAAGAACAACCACUUCACAGAGUAGCUGAUCUAUCAGGGGACUCUGCCAAAGCAAAGCAAUUUUUACCUUUCCUUCAACGAGCCGGUCGAACGGAAGCAGUGGUAGAGUUUGUAGCAAGUGGAUCCCGACUCAGACUCUUCCUACCCAAAGACACCUGUCUUAUUACAUUCCUUCUUGCAGGCAUUAGCUGUCCACGCAUGGCAAGGACCGGCCCGGGAGGUCCAACUCAGGGAGAGCCAUACGGAGAUGAAGCCUUGCAAUACACCAAGGAGAUGUGUCUACAAAGAGAGAUUGAGGUAGAAGUUGAAAGCAUGGACAAGGGUGGUAACUUCAUUGGAUGGUUGUUUGUGGAUGGCGUCAAUCUCUCGGUGUCUCUGGUUGAACAAGGUCUCUCCAAGAUGCACUUCACCGCUGAGAGGAGUAACUAUGCCAGGCACAUCAGCGAAGCAGAGAGUGCAGCAAAGUCUAACAAGUUAAAGGUAUGGGAAGGCUUUGUUGAACAGGUUGAGACUAUCCAGGUGGAGGAGACUGAAAGGAAGACCAAAUACGUGAAGAUCUUAGUGACUGAAGUAGGCCAGGAACUGGACUUCUUUGCACAGUAUGUAGAGUCGGGUCCUAAGUUUGAGCAGUUGAUGACUCAGUUACGUGCGGAGUUAGAAGCAUCUCCACCUCUCCCAGGAUCUUAUACUCCUCAAGCCGGUAAACUGUGUGCUGCUAAGUUUGAUAUGGACGGUCAGUGGUAUCGAGCCAAGGUAGAGAGAGUCACAUCCAGGGAGAAGGUCACUGUACUCUUCAUCGACUUUGGAAAUCGUGAACUGGUACCAUCAACAAGCCUGGCCACUCUUCCCCCUAGCUAUCACACUCAGACUCCUCAGGCACAGAAGUAUCAUCUAGCAUGCGUACAAUUACCUAAAGACGAAGAGAAUCGCCAGGAUGCGAUAGAAGCUGUACAAGUCAGCAUCAUGAACAACACCUACCUGGCUAACGUGGAGUAUAGGAAUGGCGCGCUGGAGUACGUUACGCUGCUCACACCGGAGAAGAAGGACGAUGUGGCAGAGGGACUGCUCAGAGAUGGUCUCAUCUUAGCCGAGAAGAGACGAGAGAAAAGACUAGCUAAACUCGUCACCGAAUACGCAAAGGCCCAAGAAGCCGCGAGAAAGGACCAUAAAAAUUUGUGGCGAUACGGCGACAUCACAGAGGACGACGCCAAGGAAUUUGGCUUUUCGGGGUGAAGCGUCACAGAUCUAACCUCGACUUCAGUCUUCAAAUAGAAAGAAAAAAACACUUGACAUGACCCAAAAUUCAAAUGCUUUAACAAAAAUUAAAAUAAACAAGUCAAUAUCAUGAAUUCUGUCAAAUGCUUUUGAAAAUGCUUUUGUUACAUGAAUGUCUGUUUAACCUGAUUUUGAUAAAUAUUUUCUUUUUUGCUCCUACUAAAUUUGAGAUUUGAAAUUUGACAUCGUUAAAUAGGGUUUUUCAUUACAGAUCUUAUGAGGAAAAAAAUGAUAAAGGAGAGACAGUCAGGAACAGUCUUUAGUAGGCAGUUUACAUGUAGGUACUUAUUUACUGGAAACAAAUGUUUUUAUCAAGUUGUUCUGUUUGAAUUUUGUUGAGUUCAACAACAUUUGACUAUGUUGAAUUUAAAACCCUAAAGCAUCCCUUAAAGCGAUGCUUAUUUCAAUGUCAUGAUACUUGCAUGCUUGAAAACUUCCCUUCAAAUAAGGGCAAGAAUAACCCUGAUGGGCGGGGCAUCGAAUAUGCCGGUUCCAAACCUACAUUUAAACAUUUACAAAGCAACUUUCUUUUUAAAAAAACAGCAGUGAACGGUGUUUGCCAUUUUUCAUCUUGUUAGGUGUAUACAUAAUAUAUUCAUCAGUUAACGAUGCAUAGGCUUUGCCUUAAAUAUGGGGCUCGUCCUAUACACAUAAGGGUUAAAAUCAUGUCAGUGUAACUUUUCUAUUUGAAGACUUGAACAACCCAGCAUGCUCAAGUGAAUAAUAGAUACUCUCUAACAAAUUAAAAGAGAACCUUAGAUACAUUUAAUCAGAAAUAUCUUUAUUAUGCUUCCAAGAAGAAAAGGUCAGAGAUAAAUUAGGAAUUUAAAAUGUAAAUGGAUGUCUCGACAGUAGUUUUACUUUGAGACGAUUUAUUAAUUUUCAUUGUAUUAGUAGCAUGUAACAAUGUAUGUCUAUGUUAGUUGUAGUUUUAGUUGAAUGGGGUCAAAACAGGAGUUGUUUGUUUUUGGCCGAGGUAUAACACGGCUUGUCUUACGUAGUAUUGUUCUUUCUUUAUGUGGUGUUUGGGAAAUGAUCAUCAUUAUUCCUUAUUUCUCACUUUAUUUCGGUAUCAAAGGACAAUAGGAACGACCUUUGUUUCUUCUUCUUUGUCCCCUUUAGCUCCUCUGCCUUUUGCAUGAAAGUGAAGGGUUGGGGGGGGGGGGCAUUUUAUUGAAAUUAGCCAUUCUUUUGUGCAAAUUUUUGUGUAACAUUUCGUUUCUUUCUCCUUCUUUAACUCCAUAAUAUUUCUGCUAUUAUCUACCCUCUACUUUGUUCUCUUGUAUUGAAUAGUUCUUUAUUCUAAGUUGACAACAGGAAUGUAAGAAUCAUGACAGUAAUUGUAAUUCUACGUGUUCUUUACAUAUAAUACAUGUAUUUGUGUUUCAGACAAAAACUGAAUUUCGUUAUAACGUGGAAAGGAAAAGUAAUCGCUUUGGAAUAUGUUACAGUUGCUUGUAAACAGUUUUUAAGUUUAGCAUUUUUUCCCAGAUUAUGCAUCUUCGAUAAUAUACAUUGAGAAACAUUGAUAAAUACCAAAUGAAAUAUUCAGGAAAUUUACUUGUGCUUAAAUUCGUUAUUUUUUAAAUGUAUUAAUUAAUUAAACACAAAGUGUCAUUAUCUA